AAUGCGAUUCGCGCAUGCGCCACCCUCUGUCUUCAACAAUCAGGUGUACCGACAUGGCCGACAGCGAAUUUGAAGAAUUUCGCCGGGUAUUUGACAAAUUACCGCAACACAUAAAGGCCCCAACACCGUUCUAUUCAUUAGUACCAAAUGUUGGACUGGAAGAUGAUUCGCCGUCUUCUAAAAGCGAGGAGUCGCCAGAAGAAGAAAAAUUGUGUGUGGCCGACACCGAAGCGUUAAAUGCAGAUGGCUCCCCAAUCACACAAUCUGAUAAAACAGACGCACAACGCAGUCCCCGUCACCAAUUUACAAGUGGAGAAAGGAGGAGAAGAAAACUCCCAGAGAUACCCAAAAAUAGAAAAACUUCUGUGGUUGGUGCAUCCCAACCGGCAUCACUUGCUGAUGAGUUAGGAGCAUUAACUGGUCUUCUUGUACGACCAGGGGGGCAGGGGCGGCCCCUUUUGGUGCUAAAGUGCGGCUACCUCUUGGACGAAGACUCCAGUCCCGAUUCAGAAAGGCUGCAAAGCCUCGGCGAUGUAGAUAGUGGACACAGCACUGCACAUUCGCCGAUCGAUACUGGACCUAAGAGCCUAUCCCCAACGCCGUUACAACAGAACGUGUCACCAUCAUCAAGUUGCAGCAUCAGCGGCAUUAACUUCGCCGGCAACGUAAGCACAGUGCCUCAUAGCCAACUAGAAAUGCUCGAAGCCACACACAGAGGACUCCACAAAUUCAACCCGCGACAUCACGACGAGAUAGAAGUGGAAAUAGGCGAUCCGAUUUAUGUUCAGAAGGAGGCAGACGACUUAUGGUGCGAAGGAGUUAAUUUAAGAACAGGUCAACAAGGUAUUUUUCCUUCGGCAUACGCGGUUGAUAUGGACUACAGUGAUUUUGAUCCAGCAAACGCUAAAGCGAAGAGAGAGAGAUAUUUACUGGGAUAUAUGGGCUCCGUAGAAACACUUGCUCAUAAAGGAACUGGUGUUGUUUGUCAGGCAGUUAAAAAAAUUGUCGGUGACUCUAAUGGAGAUAUUGGCUCUCAGCCUUGUAUUUUAGAAGUUUCGGAUCAAGGCCUUCGCAUGGUCGACAGAUCCAAACCAGAUCGGAGUCGAAAUACGCCUUGCAUCGACUAUUUUUACUCACUGAAGAAUGUAUCGUUCUGUGCGUUCCACCCUCGGGACCAUCGCUAUCUCGGCUUCAUCACGAAACAUCCCACACUCCAGAGAUUUGCAUGUCACGUGUUCCGUGGACAGGAGUCUACCAGACCUGUGGCUGAAGCCGUGGGUUGUCUAAUUUCAGGAGAGCAUUCCAGAGAUUUUACCAGAAGUUCAUAGAAACAGCAUAUCCUAUUGAGGAUAUUUACAUUGAAUGAGGAACAAAGCUUUGGAGCUUUAAACGACCAUUUAACAAAAUUUAUUAACAAGAUGGCCGUAGCACAGAUACAUAAUUAUAAAAUCGCAAUUGAUUAAAUUUUUGAUUAGAUUCAUUUCACCUCAAAAAGAUUUUCUUAUAAUAAUAAUAAAAGCCUUUAUUGAUUACCAAAUACCUACAUUUACAUAAUUUUAACGUAAGCAAAAACAUACAUUUCAACUACGAGAUUUUUAUCUUAUGACUUCUCCAACUUUCCGGCGGAUCGUCUCUUCACAUCUUUAUUUGACUCUUGCCCUAUUUGGUCUCUUUUCCGUCUCCCAUCACUGGGAUACUCACUCACUCAUCAGACCAAGUCAAUUUAAGUUUCUUUAAUUUGUCAAUUAUUUCAAAAUACACCAACAACAUAACAAGCAUAUUACUCUCUAAUUUAUAUGUAACUAAAACAGCACACUUGGCAGCACCCAGCGUCAUCUAACGACUAUACCCAAUUUUGAUAGUCUUACUUCACAAAUCGUGAACAAACUCACUAUUGUGAUUGGUAUUUCUUUCGCCAUUACAUGUUUUAACGGCCGUUUUUACAGUUGCCGCCUCAUUGUAAAUGCACUAAUAAGAAAAUCACAGUGCUAUUACAUACAUUUUCAACACAAUAGAAUCCUCCAUACAGAAUAAAAAUUUGUGCCAAAUCACGUAGGUAUUUUGUAUUGUUCUAAUAAAACACAUACCAACACAACUCGUAUAUUGUUUACGGUGCAACACAUCUACAGAUAUGAAUGCAGAAUUCAUUAUUUAAGGAAUCCUUUUGAAUCAUCGAGAAAGAUCUUUUCCUUCUUUUGUUUGAACUUGUUUUAUUUUGGCUUAGCUUUGUAAUGUAAAUAAUUACUCUUAAUGAUCCACUGGAAUUUUGAAAAUUACGACGUUUAUUUGAGCGUGACGUGAUUGGUACUUUGCUACGGUCAUACAGAGAUUUCUUGCGGACUUUGCGUGGUAUUAAGCUGAACUUAAAAAAUGAUAUUAACCUUGGGCCUAAACCAAAUAUGUUAUUUUAUUGUAAAAUAAUUCGAAUUUCGGUAUCUUGAUUGCAAUUUUUUUCCUAUUUAAUUUUUAACAUUCAUUGAAUGACUCGCGUAUAAAUCAGUAUUAUUUUUAAAAACGUAGGUAAUUUAGAUGGUUAUGUCAUCUUAAUCGACUUUUAUAUCGUGCCUGACAAUUCAGACAGCUUUAAUAAUUAUUAUAAAAAGCAUAAAUACGAAAAAAAAACCUGGUCCGAAAAUUGUAAUCCAAUAAAUCUUUCAACUACUAACAAAUACACUUAUACACUAAAGUUACUUAUGUAGGUUUUAAUAUCACUGUCGGUAAUUAUCCUAUAUAUAAUAAAAGACGCAACAAGAAUUCUUCGUGUCCUAUUUGAAGUCUCAUCUCGGGACUCUUUCGCUAAAGAAUCUAGGAUAAUCGAGACUUUUAUAAUCAACUUAUAAUAAUGCUCCAAAUUAAAGGACACAAUUUUUUUUUCGUCGUGUGUCAAAUUAAUAAAAUUUUCCAAAUAUCGUUGCCGAUGCUAUGUCGCCUUGAAAGUAUUGUAUAUAUAGUUAUAAUAAUAUAUAGAAACAAUAAAAUAUAAUAUUCAAUACAACGGGAGCUUUGCUGAGCGCCUUGCUUAUCACGAUUACGUACGGUUAUUAAUAUGUUUUAUUUGAGAUACAAAUAUUUAAAAAAAACUAACUCGCAAAAUAUAACAAUUCUCAAAUACUGUGAUAUGUUGCAUAAUAAAAAAUUAUGCACGGGUUAAUUUUUUACGGCUGCCUGAAUUAUAACGCGUUAUUAUUUAACAAUUUGAUUUUGAUAAAUUUGGCGUAUCAUUAGAUUUAUAACUAAACUAUUUCUUAAAAACUUUAACUUGAUUUUAUAAGUCGAUUCAAGGCAGCCUUUUAAUCAACUCUUCUAAAAUAAACAACAUUACGGUAAUAAUAAAAUUCUAUAGAUUGAUAGAUAAUAUUUUUUUAGACACUUAGAAUUAUCCUGACACAAAUCUAUACUAUGACACUGUUAAAUCUGAUCUUGUAAAAUAAGAUUUGUUUAAUAUAACGUUUGAAAUAGAAAGCAAUAAGAACAACUUUUGUACAUUUACAGUGAAUGUCAAUAGCUUUAAAGACUUUUGAUAAUAUGAAAAAGGUUAACAUUAGCUUAGCUAACGCUAGAAUGCUGUUUACAAACUUAGCCACUGCCUACAUAAUGGAAUAUACGGGGAGGAAUUUUAACACCACUUCGAAGCACGUAAGCGAUUGUCUCUGCACGUUAACCACAUUUUGCGUAGGGAUAAUGCACACUUAUGAUAUGAAACAACGUCAAAACUACUUCAGUGGAAACACUGAUUCAAUGAGAUAUUAAAAAUCUAAAUAAAAAUGGGUUUAACAAAUAUAAUAUGCCGUGAGAGCCUUUUUCGUAAGGGUCUUAAGGCGGUGCUUUAACAAUACACCGACUCUACAUGUUUUCAUCCAACCUUCAUUAGUAUAAAUUUUGAAAAAAUUCUAAGUAUAUUGAGUACAGGUUUUAUGUAUUUACUAACCGCUUAAAAAUACCUGUAUGUUCUGGUUUACAUCUUGACACGUAAAAGUAAACUAAGAUUUUUUUUAGAACGCAAGAAAGUUAUAUUUCAGAUACUUCCUCUAUAGGAGACAAAAUGAUGGCGCGUGUCUUUAAUGGUCACACGGGGGGAUUGUCUGUUAUUGGACUAGAUGCGCUAAUUGAUUUGUUUUUGAAGUACAUUCCUACCUUCCUUGUGGUGUUAAAAUUGCAGCCUGUGUACCGAGUAUGAAACGUGUGUUGCGUAAUUACGUAUUUUACGAUUAGCUUUGAUCAGUCUUGAAAAAUACUAAAUCAGUCUUAUUAUACUAUUAUGACAGUAAGAUUCCCUUAAUAGAAUUACCUUAGGUUUAUGGACUCAUUUUUCGCACUUAGACUCUCAAUUGGUCCGUUGUGCGUAAUUGAUUUGGUUUGAUCAGUCUUUAAUAAUACUAAAUCAGUCUAACUGUACUAUUAUGACAGUAAGAUUCCCUUAAUAGAUUAACCUAUGGUAACCUUAUAAUGUAAUUUGCUGCUGCGCAUUUAUUUAUAUUGAUUUUUGAAAUGCUUAAUGCCAAAUCGGCAGAACGUCCGGAACUAGUGCAGUAUGAUCUAGUGCCCAUCUAGGGUCAGAGUUUUGGCAGGAAUCGAAACGCAAGCCACUCAGAUGUACAGACCUCCUUUAACCCUUCACCAAUAUCUACUGAUAUAUAUUUUAUUAGGAGUUGAUAGUGUAAUAAGACUGAUUUUGUGUUUAUUAAUACUGAAAACAGAUGAACAAUGAACCGAAUAGGUAGUGGCUUAACAAAAUAAAUGUUAUUGAUAUUUACUGUUCAACAUUUUUUCAUCUGUAUUGUAAAUACAAGUCUUACCUCUGCGUUGUAUAGCGUUAUUACAAUUUCAUUAGUCACGCGUUAUGGUUAAUUAAAAUAUAAUUUAAAUAAUAUUGUCUUUAUUUACCAAAAUUAAACCCCAAUUUGAAGAUUACAAUAUACCAAUAGUAUUUGUUUAUUACAGUUCUUAACAAUAUUGUACAUUAAAUGUACGUGAAAAAAUCAAAUUUCAUUGCAAGAAAUUAUUGAUAGAAUAUAUUUAUUUUUCCAGUAAUUGUAUAGCAAGUUUGAUUUAGACAUUAAAUAAAUUAAACGGGACUGAA